AUGCGUCGGAGUCAAUUUCAACCAUUCGCGCUCUUCUUUACCAGGCUCUCACCGCCUACAGCCUCUCUCCGGCUUGACUCGCCACCCGCCACCUCCGCCACGACCGCUGCUAGCAUCAUCAUGGCAACCACCCGCGCCGCCCCGGCGCGCCGCGCGCUCCCGCUGCUCCCGCUCUUGGCGCUCUCCCUCACCGCGGCUCUCCUGCUCUCCUUCACCUCACCGUCCGACGCGCUCGGAUGGUCGCAGAUGACGACCAAGUACACGUGCAACCCGAGCUCCAACUACGGCAUGUGGUUCAAGUAUGGGUGCAACUGCCAGGCAAUCAACACCACCGAGCUCGGCUACAAGAAGCUCUGGGCCACGUGCCCGGGCGUCAACCCCUCCGCGUACGGGCGGCGCGCGUUCGGCAACGUGUGGCUGGAGAGCGUGGGGUAUGCGGACUGGGUGACGAUUCUGAUGCAGUGCGCGCGCAAGCCGUACCACAUCAGCAACGGGUUUAAUGGCAAGUGCGCCAUCCCCAACAUCUACAGCAAGCCGUACUAUGUGGGCGGUAGCAUGGUUGGAGCACUGGUGAAGAUUAAGGGUGUGGUGAUUGUCGGAACAUGUGAGGCAGGGACCCACGGAGUAUUGCUGGGAUGGAGGUAUGGGUGUGAUGGGGACGUGGCAGGGGGGCGUGCAGGAGGGAGGGGAAGAGCAGAGGAGCAGCUGAGUGCUGUUGCCAUGGCUUGUCUCUGCCUCUAUGUGUUGCCUGCCCCUGGUCCCCGGGUGUCUGGUUGGUAA